AUGAGUUUUCCUGAAGUUCAUACUCACCCCUUAACUGACAAACCAACAGAAGCCUGGCAAGAAAUAGCUAAAAAACAAGCAAAAUUGAAAUUGAAUGUCAAGAUACCAUCAAAAGCAGUGGAACCAAAUAAAAUUAGAUUCGUUUGUAUGAGUGACACUCAUUCUCUCAUUCGAAAUAUCAGUUUUGAUAUCCCUGAUGGUGAUAUUUUUAUACAUGCUGGUGAUUUCACAAAAUGUGGACAGAAACAAGAGGUUAUAGAGUUCAAUGAUUGGCUGGGAACUUUACCACAUAAACAUAAGAUUGUAAUUGCUGGGAAUCAUGAACUCAGCUUUGACAACAGAUUUAUCAACAUGUUCAAGAAAAAAAUUGAAUCAAGACCAGAUCAUAAUGAAGAUGAGGUGCCAAAUUAUGGGAAUACCAAAGAUAAUAUAGCUGAAGCUGUGAAUACUGAAGAUAUUCGGCAAUAUCUUACCAACUGUAUAUAUUUGGAGGACAAGAGUAUAGAGCUCUAUGGAAUUAGAUUAUAUGGGACACCAUGGCAGCCUGAAUUUGGUCAUUGGGCAUUCAACCUCAAGAGAGGAGAUGAAUGCCUUUCAAAAUGGAACAAAAUACCCAAUGAUAUUGAUGUUCUAAUAACACAUACACCCCCCUUGGGACAUGGUGACUUGGCAUGUUCUGGUGUGAGAGCAGGUUGUGUUGAAUUAUUGAAUACUGUGCAACAGAGGGUUAUGCCAAAAUAUCAUGUGUUUGGACAUAUUCAUGAAGGCUAUGGAGUGACAUCAGAUGGAAAAAUUAUAUUUAUAAAUGCUUCAACUUGUGAUAUAAAUUAUAUACCUAACAACUUACCUAUAGUAUUUGAUAUUCCCCUAAACAAAGGGAUACUAAAAGACUCCCUAAAAGAUGAUGCAUAA